UUAUAGUCUGUUUUACACGACAUGUGUUUGCAUUUUAUAACCCAAACAUUUAAUUCAUUUAUUGAUUACAAUUCAUUACAAUCACUUCAUUUGAUCCCAACAUAUGGCGCAUGAGUUGACACAAAGGAUGGCAUCACUCGAGACCACAGAUGACGGCGAAGACAACAUUCAACAGCCUCAAAUCUACGCCAAAGACUCUUUGGAUCGAUUCGGUGAUGACUUGUUUCAAGUUUUGUUGUCUUAUCUCUCACUCGAAGACCGAUUCCGUUACGAAUGUGUGUCCAAACAGAUCCAGAGAACUGUCUUCGAGAGUGUUGUGGACAUCAAUAUUGACGACAAACUGAUGAGUAGAGCACAGAAGCAAACCGAGACUUUAAACUACUUGUUUGAAUCGAUUGCCAAAAAGUGUCCAAACAUUGAGACCAUUGACUGUCGAGGAAUAACCGCUUGUUUGGAACGCUCAUCGCUAAUGUCGGACACAUCUCGAGACAAUUUCAAGGCAAUGGUCUUAGCAUUGAAUGAAAGCAAAUGCGAAAUAUUACCGCUAUUUCGGGACAAUUGCCAGCAUUUGCGGCAAAUUUAUUGCAAUUUAAUGCCGAAUAACAAUCACUUCUUCGAUAUAUUUGGACCUUUGGUCACACGAAUCGAUUCCGGAAGAAAUUAUUCUCGAGAGAAACAAUCGCUCAUUCAUUGCCACCGAUUGUCUCAAUUAACUGUCGUCUCGAUGUCCGAUGUCUUCGAUAACAAUUCCGGACUAUUGGCGAAGAAUUUGGAAACAUUUUCAUUUUCUUACCUCAAUUAUAAACAACAAUUGUCUACAUUUAUGGCACAGAAUCAGUCCCUCAAACGUCUUGACGUGUAUGUCAUGUCAUAUCAAUCUCAUGAGUCUAUGACUGAACUGUGCGGACAAUUGUCACGAUUAACACAAUUACGUGAUUUGGCACUCGAUUUCGUUCACAUGAAUGACCGGAACUUAAUUAACUCGUGUUUGCGCGCAAUUGGCGUGAAUUGCAAACAAUUGCAACGAUUGGCACUUCGAUUGGGCUCCGAGUCUAAGGAGAUUAUUGGCCAGAGUUUGGAUUCGUUGAAAGCUUAUCGCGGAUUAAAACGAUUGGAUUUAACACUCUUUGCGGCCAUCGAUGGCGAGUCUUUGGAACUUUGCCACCGAUUAACGCAUUUAACACUUAAUAUGAAUACAUGGAAAAUGAGUGAACAAUUGUUGGCUAAUUGUGACCAAUAUUUGCCUAAACUUCAGUUUCUAUAUAUUUGUCACAACUAUAAGAAAAUAAACGCCGAGUGUUUGUCUCACAUCUCAAGACUACGGGCGCUGCAAACGCUUGUCAUCGAGAGUUGGAAUCACAACAAACUGAAUGAUAAUGAUAUCAAUGAUCUGUUGUCGAGAAGCCCUAAACUCAAGAACAUUGAAAUUCGUGAAAACAAAUUAAAUGCAAUCAAAUUUCAUAACGAUGUGCACGUGAACAAAUUGUGUUUCACAUAA